AUGACGACAAUAAAGUUGCCCCAAUGUGCCGUGGAGGCUGCUGCAGAAAGGGGCUUUGAUCUCCAGGGCUCUGCAUUCAGUGCUUCUGUGGAGCAGCUGCGUCAGCCCCGCAUCGUCCGUGUGGGACUCAUUCAGAACCAGAUCGUCCUUCCUACUGAUGCACCUGUUAUAGAGCAGGUAAGCGUUGGACUCAUUCAGUACCAGAUCGUCCUUCCUGCUGAUGCACCUGUUAUAGAGCAGAUCACUGCCUUGCACAAGCGGGUAGGAGAGAUUGUCGAAGUGGCGGCCAUGUGUGGGGUCAACAUUAUCUGCUUUCAGGAAGCCUGGACAAUGCCCUUUGCCUUCUGUACCAGGGAGAAGGUGCCCUGGACAGAGUUCGCUGAGUCUGCUGAGGAAGGACAAACAACACGCUUCUGCCAGGAGCUUGCUAGGAAGUACAACAUGGUGGUCGUGUCCCCGAUACUGGAGCGCGACGAGGUCCAUGGAGAGACCCUGUGGAAUACCGCCGUGGUCAUCUCCAACUCCGGCAGCGUGCUGGGCAAGACACGUAAAAACCACAUCCCACGUGUUGGGGACUUCAAUGAGUCGACCUAUUACGUGGAGGGGAACACCGGACAUCGAGUGUUCCAGACCCAGUUUGGGAAGAUUGCUGUGAAUAUCUGCUACGGGCGGCACCAUCCACUUAACUGGUUCAUGUACAGCAUGAAUGGAGCCGAAAUCAUCUUCAACCCCUCUGCCACUGUCGGGGAGCUCAGUGAACCAAUGUGGCCAAUCGAGGCAAGAAACGCAGCUAUCGCUAACCACUGCUUCACCUGCGCCAUCAACAGAGUGGGAACGGAGCAUUUUAAGAACGAGUUUACAUCAGGAGAUGGAAAGAAAGCACACACAGAUUUUGGCCAUUUCUACGGCUCUAGCUAUGUGGCUGCCCCCGAUGGCAGCCGCACCCCUGGGCUGUCCCGCACACGAGACGGGCUGCUGGUGGUGGAGAUGGACCUUAACCUGACCAGGCAGAUCAGCGAUAAAUGGAGCUUCAAAAUGACCGGCAGGUACGAGAUGUAUGCGGAGGAGCUGGCGAAGGUUGUUAAACACGACUUCAAAGCGAACAUCAUCAAGGAGUGAUCACACACCCAUGGCUGUGAUUGGCUAGCAACCCGGGACACAGGCAAACCUGCCUUGACAAGUGGUGUAUCGCAACAGUUGUACUGUGACCAACUGAAAGGGUUACAGAACAUGUAGAGUUUAUCUUUGCCAUUGUCUGUACCGCAGUAAUAUUUGUUGUAACAUAAUGUCACGAUUGUCUUAUAGCAGGUGGAAUGAAACCAUACAGAAUAAAGGAUUGCUUUGCAAGGUG